AUGGGGAAGUUCCGCGUCUCCAAGAAAGGGGACAACCCGUUUGCGCUCCCGAAGCGGAAAGUGCCGAAGAAGCAGCUGCCGGGCGAGUCUGAGGCCAACCGUCGCAAGAAGGAGGAAAUCAGACAAAAGGAGGCCGAGGCAAAAGCUGCCAGAGAGAAACGCAAGGCCGAGGAGGCCGCGCGACCACCCGGCAAGAAGCUCGGCCCUGGGUUUAGGGGUCUAGGAAAAGCACGCCUGCAGAAGAUGGUAAAGGAGGGGAAGGUCACCAAGACGGACCAAGAUGUCGAAGAGCUCUUGCAGUGCAAGGACGAAGUUGUCUGCGCCCUGGCCGACGUGCAAGACGAGGCAAAAGGGCAGGAGCUCGAAGCCGGUGCCGAGGAGAUGAGCUUCGACGAGGCUUUCAUGGAACGAAUGCGCAGCCUGGCGCAGGAGGCUCUCACUUGGCCCUUCCUCGACGAACGGCAGCGGCUGGUUUGGGCAGCAGUUCUGGAGUUCGACGCCGUACCGGCCCAGAAUCUGCCGCCCUGGUUCUACGAACGGCAGAAUAUCAGCCGCCGGUGUGGAUCUCUUCAGCCUGGACGGAAAGCGGGCGGUCCUAUGCCGGGCAGGGAAUGCCACCCACAAGGAUGUCAGGAGGUUUCUGCGAACAGCGAAAUGUGUAAACGAGGCUGCUCAGUGCACCUUUUGGACGUUCCGCGGCUGCAAGAUCACCAGUGA